ACUGGAAGAAGCAAGUGUUUCCUUUGGGCUUGCUUGCUGCUGGGUUUAGCAGCCACAUUCUGCCCAUAUAUUGGUUAAAUGUGGCGCCUCAGUAACAGGCGUUUAACUCUCUUUACUUGCUAAUUAAUUUGUUGCAAAUUAUUAUUGCAAAGUAGUGAACGUAACCUUGUCUGAGACGCAUAUCUUUGAACAUAACUGGAGCAGGAAAUUACGAUGCCAUCCCCGAUGGAGGGAUCUUCCAGAGAAGGUGACCUCUUUACUGUGAAACACGAGCUGAAAAAUGCCAACCUGACAGGCCACGUAGAGAGGGUGGGCAUUGAAAACUUUGAGCUAUUAAAGGUCCUCGGGACAGGAGCAUAUGGCAAGGUGUUCCUGGUGAGGAAAGUGAGUGGUCAUGAUGCUGGGAAGCUGUAUGCCAUGAAGGUUUUGAAGAAGGCCACCAUUGUACAAAAGGCAAAGACUGCCGAACACACACGGACCGAGCGGCAAGUCCUGGAGCACAUUCGCCAGUCGCCAUUCCUCGUCACACUUCACUACGCCUUCCAGACAGAUACCAAGCUGCACCUCAUUCUCGAUUAUGUAAAUGGCGGGGAGCUCUUCACACAUUUGGUGCAAAAUGUGCGAUUUAAGGAGCUAGAAGUUGCUUUGUACAGUGGAGAGAUUGUGUCGGCGCUAGAACAUCUACACAAGCUUGGGAUUGUCUACCGGGACCUGAAACUUGAGAAUGUUCUGCUGGAUUCAAGCGGUCAUAUAGUUCUCACAGACUUUGGCCUCAGUAAAGAAUUUGAUCAGGUGGAAAGGGCGUUUUCUGUCUGUGGCACCAUUGAAUAUAUGGCUCCAGAAAUUGUGGAAGGAGGAGAGUCUGGACAUGACAAGGCGGUGGACUGGUGGAGCCUCGGCGUGUUGAUGUAUGAGCUUUUGACUGGCGGAUCACCCUUCACCGUUGAUGGAAAUGAGAACUCGCACACAGACAUUGCCAAGAGGAUUUUAAAAAAGGACCCUCCGUUCCCCAAAGAUAUGGGACCUCUGGCCAAAGACCUCAUCCAGCGACUCCUCGUCAAAGAUCCAAAGAAGAGACUGGGCUCGAGUCCUAAUGGAGCGGAGAAUGUCAAAAAACACCCGUUUUACCAGAAAAUAAACUGGGAGGACUUGGCAGCUAAGAAGGUGCCUGCCCCGUUUAAGCCGGUGAUUCGAGAUGAGCUGGAUGUCAGCAACUUUGCAGAGGAGUUCACAGAGAUGGACCCUACCUACUCUCCCGCAGCGCUGCCUCAGAACUGUGACCGCAUCUUUCAGGGCUACUCUUUCAUGGCCCCCUCCAUCCUGUUCAAGAGGAAUGUGGUGAUGGACGACCCUGUCCAGCUGUGCGGAGGCUCCGAGAGGCCGGGCUCUGCUGCGGUGGCCCGAAGCGCCAUGAUGAAGGACUCAUUGUUCUAUGUGAGUUAUGAGAUGGACCUGAAGGACAGUGCUUUAGGAGAGGGCAGCUUCUCCAUCUGCAGACCGUGCACACACAAGAAGACCGGACAGAAAUACGCAGUCAAGAUCGUCAGCAAGAGGAUGGAGGCACAGACGCAGCGGGAAAUGGCGGCCCUGAAGCUCUGUGAUGGCCACCCUAACAUUGUCAAGUUACAUGAAAUUUACCACGACCAGCUCCACACGUUCCUGGUUCUGGAGCUGCUCGGUGGAGGGGAGCUGCUGGAGAGGAUCCGCAGGAAGCAGCAUUUCAGCGAAACGGAGGCCAGCCGCAUCAUGAGAAAACUGGUGUCGGCCGUCAGUCACAUGCACGACGUCGGAGUGGUGCACAGGGACCUUAAACCGGAGAACCUGCUCUUCACAGACGAGAGUGAGAACUCGGAGAUAAAAAUCAUAGACUUCGGCUUUGCUCGCCUCAAACCACCAGACAAUCAACUCCUGAAGACUCCCUGCUUCACCCUGCAGUACGCAGCACCAGAGAUACUCAAGUACGACGGCUAUGAUGAGUCCUGUGACCUGUGGAGUCUGGGGGUCAUUCUGUACACCAUGUUGUCUGGGCAGGUGCCUUUUCAAUGUCAGGAGAAGAGCCUGAGCCACACCAGCGCUGAGGAAAUUAUGACGAAAAUCAAGCAGGGAGACUUCUCCUUUGAAGGCGAGGCCUGGAGGAAUGUGUCCCAGCAGGCCAAGGACCUGAUCCAGGAGCUGCUGACAGUGGACCCAAACAAGAGGAUUAAGAUGUGCGGCCUGCGUUACAAUGCCUGGCUCCAGGACGACAGCCAGCUGUCCUCCAACCCACUCAUGACGCCGGACAUUCUUGGCUCCUCCACUGCCUCCGUCCACACUUACGUCAAAGCUACCUUUAAUGCAUUCAACAAAUGUAAGCGGGAAGGUUUCCGCCUGCAAACGGUGGACAAAGCGCCACUAGCCAAGAGGAGGAAGAUGAAAAAGACAAGUACCAGCACAGAGACCCGCAGCAGUUCCAGUGAGAGCACCCGUUCCUCGUCGUCCUCCUCCCAGUCGCAGGAGAAGACUUUCCCAGAGGGCAACACCAAGCCGCAGCCUUCCAACAGCACGCCUCUCACCACGCCCUUGGCCCUGGGAACCGACUCCGAGCACCAACCGGCGCAUCCGGCCUUUCACUUCUCAGAAGGACAGUAAGACAGCGAGAGGAGGAAAAAGAAAAAGGGAAAUUCAGACAGUUUUACGAACCACAGGAUGGCUCGGACCGGCGUGGAGACGGCUCUCUCCGUCCCUGGCAGCUCUCUGCAUCUGGCUCGAUUGCAUGGACGUCCGCACGUCUCCAAAGCAUGCAGCAGGAGCAGCAACACCUCAAUAUCAGUCAAUCAACCUUCACUAGCAAUAGCCUAUUCCUUUUCAUUUCUCUCUCUCUCUCUCUCUCUCUCUCUCUCUCUCUCUCUCUCUCUCUUUCACACACAGACUGUUUCAAUCAGGGACCGGACCAGGAAGAAGUUGUCUCCAGUGUCCACAAUGAGAAAAGGGGCGGCCCUACUGCCCCAGGCCCAGACAGACACUGGAGAGACAUCUUCGGUCUCGUCAUAAAGUCGCAGCUCGCUCUCUGUCCGCCCCGUUGUCUUUGUCCACGCCGCCAGAGGUUUUAAAGGGAAAGUCGUAGUGUUUACAUCAUGGAUUCUUUGUGUUUCGUUGUCAAAGGGAGAGAAGACGUGACGUCGGCCCACUUCUCUACAAGAUGCAGCAGGUUGUUUAUAUGUGAAUUUUACAGACUAAGAUUUAUUUAUGAUAAGCUAUAUUGUUAACUUAUUUAUGGUUCAGACUGAUCUGAAAAGAAAUAGUGGAUACAGUGAGUCUUUUGUGUACGUGUGUAAGUGUUACCCUAUCAGCUCAAAAGACUGUUUCCAUGUAGCCACAUGGUUGUUCAUUCAUCUUUAAUCAUCAGACAUCAGUGCUUCUUGUAGGUUACACAGUCAUGCAGACACUGUAAGGCUUUGAAAGGUAAGAAGAGAUUAACACCAUUAGCUACGGGUUAAUGGUUGUCAAAUGUAUGUUUACCAAAGUCCUUUGGACUUUUUUUUUUAUUGGAGGCUGGUGAAUUUUUGGGAUUGAACUGCAGCUAUGUCCAGUGGUCAAAACAAAAAGUAAUAUCCUUGUUCAUAAGGAUAAAAAAAAAAAAAAGCAACAGUAAACAUCUUUUUAUAGGAACAACUAAAUGUGGAUGUAGUGUGUUCAGCCAAAUGUGUGGUUUUCUAUAUUGUUGUAUGGGGAGUACUGAGCCUGAGGGGAUGUGACCCCACAAGAAGAUCUAUAUUUACAUUUAAUUUUGCCUCUGAUGUGGGACUACGGUCCGAUCCUCAAGCCAGUGUUCACCCCAGCAGUGGAUUUGCCUUGUGCGGUUCCAAUCAGCUUAGUGCGAGGUGAUUGCGUCAAGGCAUUUAAGGUUGAGUUUUCUGAGAUCCAAGACGCCAAAGGGCAACUUCAAGAGGCUUCCUUUUCAGAUGAAUCCAAACUGUUUGAAAAUGGAACGUUUUAUUUGCCAAGAAAAUGCAAUCAAAUCAGGUAAUGGACAGGUUUAAGUCUCCGAGUUAAGGGUGGUGCUACAUUAGGACAUUUUAAUGCCAUAUAGUGCAGAAAGUUGCCACUUGUGUCACUGGCCAAAGUCUUAAAACUACUGCAAAACAUCUACCCUUGAUAGAAACACCAAGUCCCCGAGGACAGACCUCAAACAAACGAUGCUUUUGUUGUUGACAUCCUCCCUUGCUCUAGUUACCAUGUUGUACUGCAUGACUGAAGUGGUGAUCUUUGCACUGUGUGACAGCUCUCGUUUUCAGGCAGAUAUCUGGUUAGUAUUUGGUCCCCGGUGCGUGAUGUGAACUGAAACAUCAACCUCUUCUUUCACUUUGUUUUUAGGGGCGUUUUUGUCAGUUUGUCACUUGAUUUGAUGCAAGUUUGUUUACUUGCACAUUUGAAUAUGCCCGAUUGAAUUCGGGACUUUGAAGUUUUACUGUUUGAGGUGUUUAAACACCAAAAGCCCCUUUUUUUAAACAAUAGCCUGAAUAUUGUAAUGUCCCAAUGUUACAAUACUGGUGUUAGCCAGGAGAGUUAGGAAAGUAAACGCCGUGCUCUGUUAAUCGUUUUUUGCAAGUAUGUGUUAGUCUGUUUUCAUGGUGAUAUUUGAAAUACUGUACUCUGUUUGAUGUGUACGGAGGUAUUUGUGUUAAGUAUGUGAAGCUGCCGAGACGCAGUUUCUCCUGGUUGAUCAGGAUACAAACUAGUUGGACUACUGUGUGCAUUUAAACACACCCCCUCAUCUUCUUCCAUUUUAAUGCACUCUGAAUUUGAACCAAAGCAUUAACUUCAAGGUAGCUGCUCUAAGCUGCAUGAGAUCUUUCCUUUCAUGCAAAUAUGCAAAGAAAUGCUUCACAUACAUCAAGGUUUCUGUGUGUUUUGUCCAACUGAUGAAAUCAUUUGGAUGUUUUUUAGCUCAGACAAUUUUCUUAGUGUGUGUUUUGUUGAGAUUCUUUAUAGGAUUUGAAAUAUCCAUAUCCAGCACAUUAUUAUGCUUUAAACUAUGCAUCACUUGUCACUAUUUGUGUUGCUUUUUGCCAUUUCAGAAAGGCCUCACCAAAUGGGUCCAAACAUAAUGCGUAAAAAGGGCGCCAUGUGCAUAUACUGUACUCUCAGCCACAACAGAAGCAGCAAAGUAGAAUCCGUCGGCCGUGUGAAGAGCUAGAAUCCUUGGAUCUGAACUGCCGAGCUCUUCUCUAACUUAGUUCGCACGAGUUCCCCGUUGCUGCCUCAUUAAGCCUCUUUUCUUUUGUUUGGGUGUAUUAAUAGCUCAAGAGGAGGAAGAGGAAAAGUGGCCUAUAUUGAGCUCCCCUCUGGGAGCCAGGCUCUAUUAGCUGAUGUGCUGCAGUGCUGUUUGUUCCAAAGAAAACACCGUACGCCACAAACUGCCUCCUUCUUCUUCGUAGGGAAAAUAACAGUGUAUCACAGGAAAAGGGUCGGUUCACUACCAACGUCUCUCCAGGGCAGAUUUUUAAAACUAGGUUUCCCUCCUUUGAUCAACAACUUGUUCAGUGUGCCACUAUGAGGAAGAGAAGCCAGCUUUGAUUUGACGUCCUAUUGGCUGUGAGACAUUUUUGUUUAUUGGUUCCCUGGAACAUGAAUGAAAGGUCAUUUUCCUGCACACAGUGCUUCCUCCUUUUUUUGCUUUUUCUCUGAGUGAGGGUUGAAAGUAUCCCACCUGAUAAGAUACACCUUUGUACCCUUUCUGCAGCAUUACUUAGAGGGGCAGAUAGUUUGGACUGUUGUGUAAUUAAGUGACUGCAUUUUAAAUUCAAAGCAUAGGAUUUGGGGACUUUCCUACUUCUGUACUAAAGUCAAGUCUGUGCUUUUGAGACGGAUGUUGGUGCUGAAGGUGUCAUCGUGCUGUUGUGGAUAUAUUGUCUGUGAAAGUGAUGAUUUCUUUUAGACAGAUGCUGCGACUAGUGUGGCUCUGAGAUCACAUGGAGCUGUCCGGUGCUGAAGUCACCAAACCUGUGGUGGUGCUGCAAAAACAAGUAGCUUUCCACAAGGAGCCGGUAUGAGGCUGAUCUUAAAGGGGAAACCCUCUGAUUUUACACAGCAAGGUCUUUGGGAGUACAACUGCAUAUGUGGAAAAGUCGUAUAAAGAAUUUUAUGGCACAAUCGGAUACAUUUUUUCAGGUUGUGUCAGCUUACCGGACCAGAUAUGGUCUUCAAUUUCGUAUAAUUAAUAGUGUUAAAUGACACCCAGGUUUAUAUAAACUCCAGACAUAAAGGUUUAGGAACUACUGCUUUGAUGGGCCAGUUUUACUCAAAUGACCAAACAAAGAAAUAGGAACGUUUUCUGUAAGUUUUAAUGAGAAAAGAAAUGGAAAUUACAGUUUUAAGGGUAAUGUUUCCGAUGCUGGGAGUAACACAAACACUGAUAUCUCGCAUCACGGACACAGAAAACCAAAGCUGGAUACCAGAUGUUUGUCUUGCUCAAAGACACUUCAGCAGCAACGUGUAUUUAUUAGGUUUACUCAGCCCAGCGUUACGCUAUCGUUAGCGGAGAUUAAAGCUACAUGAGAAGGUUUUAGUGUUUUGUUUCUUGAGGGAAACAUUGAUGCUUUUCUGUACAAAAGAUUUUAGCGAUGUCAUUCAGUCCUCAUGCCAACGUGUCACUUUAGACACGACCAUCCUCUUCGUCACCAUCAUGCAUGUGCUACUGCUUGAUUCCUGUCAAUAUUUCUCAAUUUCCACUGAUUCUUAUCACAUCCUUGUCCUGUGACUGAAGCGUGUCAACAAGUACUGUAGCAGUGAUUCCCUUUGAGAGUGCUCAAUAUUAAACUGUUUUAAAAACACGCAAUCAAGCUUUAAAAGGCAAAACUUUGCACUUGUAUGUUAUUUUUAUCAUGCGAUUGAUUUUUUUUUUUUUUUUGUAAAACGAGAAAGGAAAAGAAAUGUCUCUUUGAUUUUGUGCAGGUUCAGAUGUUUGACUUAUUCAUCUGUCUGUUUCUGAGAUGAUAGCAUAAUAUAAACCUCAACGCCGAAUAGUACUUGUACUGCAAGGAUACACCAUGUGCACACCUGCUUUCUUCAGGCACUGUGAACUUCAUCAUUCAGGUCUUUAGGCACACCAUUGAUAUGAGGAAGAAAACCUUGAUUUGCUUCAAUAAAUGCUUUACUUAGUGGCUGAAUACAUCUGUACUUGUAAUAAUAACCUGAAACCAGUCAUGAGUCUUUUAAUAGACAUUUGGUUUCAUUUUCAACUGUAUUACUGAAGAUAUUUUGUGUGUACGAUCUGUCAGGACAAUAAAUGUACGAUUUCCUGUCCAUUUAUUGAUCUCGACUAAGGUACACAUCUUUUUUUUAUAUUUUAAAAAUGGUAUUCAAAUUUAAAAGGCAUGUUAGGAGACAUGGGAACUUUAUUUCAGCGAGCCGCCUCUAGAUGGCGGUGUUUAAUAAAGUGCCACUCUGAGAACAGUUUCCUGUGCAGCAUGAACUCCUUUCAGACUUUACGAUUUAUUCAUAGAUGAGUCGGAUAUAAGAUCGUGUUGAAUAUGCUUCAAAAGUCAAAUAGAAUUCGUCAUGUUGUCUAGCAGGACUAGAGGUUUAUGUCUUAUGUUCCAGGUCGAUUAAAUGCAUAUUUAUAACCAAAUUAAGAUUUGUGUCUUACAAAGUGAACCGUACGUACUGUAAAUGUCCAGUUAUAUUAUUUUUGUGCUCUGAUUAAAAUAGUUUUAUGCAGUGUGGACCUGACGAAAGGUUUCCAGUCUCUUUUAAAAAGUGAUUUUUAGGAUGCACCCGAAUUUGAUAUUGUAUGACAGAUAUACAAGUGUGAGAGUUCAGAGGAAGAUCUGAAUGAACUCCAAUGUGGGUGAUGAGAGACUAUUCCUGUUCGUGUGUAAAGUAACAAUAAAGAACAGUUUGUGUUUCUA